AUGGAGCACAGGGUGAUCUGUGUCCUCGCUAUGGUCUUCAUGCUGGCCCUCAGCAGCCUUGCCCAGGACCAAGAAGAAACAUGUGCCGUGACCCCCAAGGAGAGGUCAAAUUGUGGCUUCCCCGGUGUCACCCCCGAACAGUGCAAGGAAAGACAUUGCUGUUUUGAUAACAGUAUUCGGGGGGUCCCGUGGUGUUUCCACCCUCACAUCAUCGAGAACCCACAAGAAGAAAAGGAAGCUGAAGCUGACUUAAGGCCCAUCACACCUCCAAAGGGCACCAUCGCACAGCAAGCUGAGCAGCUGAUGGCCUUGGGCACUGACUCCUUAGGAUACAACAUGCUGAGACAGACCUUCAUUGCAGAGCUGUGA